AUGGGCAGCUACCUGGGCCCACCGCGACCCCCGCCGCCCCCGGCAGAGGCGCGCGCAGACCUGGCCGGGACGCCGGUGGCCCGCCGGCCCUGCCAGGCCCUUCACCAGGUCCACCGGGUGCAGCACGUCCACCGCGCCCACCCCGCCCCUCGGCUCCGGCCUGCGGCAAGGCCGAGGACCUGGGACCCUGCCGACCCCGCCUCGUGGGUGGUGAGUGAGGCCUGGAAGCGCUUCCCCAUGAGGCGGCCCCAGAAUUCCGUCGUGGGGCCCCUCGCCUCGGACUGGUGGGACAGUUACCUAAAGCGGACUCUCUGGUCGCUUCGCCACCCCAGGGCCGUGUGGAGCCCGGUGACCGUCACAAUCACUCCUCGGAGAGGGCUCCCCGCCAAGUCCCCGGCGCAGGCCGUCAGCCUAGCGGGGCCCUCGCCUUCCGAGAAGCCCCCGGACCCACGUGCAAGGGAGACAGUGCUCAGGGCCCUGAGAGAGAGCGAGAAAGGGAGGCUGCGGCUGGAAGCAACCCCGUCCCCGCCUCCCGAAAGGCUGGGCGGUAAGCGGAGGAGUCCGGACGCCAGACCGUCCGCCUUCAAGCCUCUGACGGGAAGCGGAGACCUCGCCUCCUUCGUGCCGAGUCUUGGGCCUCUGAGGAGAAGCCUGGGCCCCUGGAACUCAGACCACAGCCUGCGGAGGAGGCCCGCUUCCUCCCCCGCGAGCUCCUCGGCCAGCUCCCACGCAGGCCGGCCCCUCCGUCCCAAAAGAAAUGCAAUUACGAGCUCUUACAGCUCCUCCAGAGAUCUCUCCGAGCCCUGGAAGAGAAACGUUCUCUGUUCAUCCUUCCAGAUGCCCGAGUGGCUGGUGAAAAAGAAAACCGGCCAGCAGGAUCACUCUGCGGCCCCACUGGCGUCAGAGGAGUCCCGAGCAGCGCCUGGCAGCGGCGGGCAGCAAAAGGAGGCUCUUCCACGGCCGCGCUCUCGCCCUGGGACCCCGCUGUCCCUGAGCCCACCUCCCCAGCUUGGUGAUGCAGUCCCUGCUGAGGACCUGGCCUUGGGGAUGAAAGCUGGACUCCAGUGGGGCAGCAAAACCAGACAGGGUACAACAGAGGCCACCACAGGGCCUCCCCUAUCUGUCACCCUGGAGUGUGCAGGCACAGCUCCAACCCGGGGCACACAUCUUCAGGUGGCAUCUCCAGGCCCACUGGCCUCCCCGCAGCGGAGGGGAGAGGAAACCAGCGAGGCCCACUCAUCUCUGAAGACAGCCAGCCUGCUGGCCUCACCCCUGUGCUCACCGACAGAACCCCUUCCAGGUCCCUCUUGGGACGAAAAGCCCGCAGCCGCCGUCACCCUUAUGACCCCUGCUUCUCCCGCAUCACCUGUCCCUGUCACCACACGGCCACCUCCGACCAGGCAGGCCGACAGGUCUGCCAGGCCCCCAGACCCACCCACAGAGACCUCUGCAUUGCCCUCCACACGGAGGACUUUGUUUGCAACGGGGAGGAAACCAGCUCGCCGUCUUUCUGCGUCUGCACCUCCUGCUGCAGCUUCUGCUGACCCCUCAUGGAAACCCGUUCGGGGGCCCCCACCCACCAGUGAGACUGGGGACGCCUUACCGCCCAGGAUCUCGGUCACAGCUGCGGCACGUUCACCUGGAGGCAUCUCGGUGCCCACCUUCGAGCCCAUCUUUGGCGGCACGGAACCGCUCGAAAGUGUGCCCGUGACAGCGCCCUCUUUCAAGCAGGCCUCCCCUCCAGCUCCUCCUGCUUGCACCCACUUCUGCCAGGACCUGGUCAAGGCUGCGUCUGUGGCCACAUCCACCCCCCCAAGGAGCACAUCCAAAGACUCUUCUUUCAAGCCACCUCUGGAUCUGGAUGUCGCGGAUGUGACUGGUGCUGAGGGCGACACUUACUCUGUCCCUUCCACUUCUCACACUUUUCCCCCUGGGGCUUCCCGUGGCUUCGGGGCCAGCUCCUGCCCAGGCACAGGCUCCAGUGUCCCACCUCCCCAGCAUCCCACCAUGCCUGCGGCACACACAGCCAGCAUCUGUAGCCGGCUUCCUCCCAGUGCUGCCCAGACAUCCCCUGGUGAAAGCACUGCCAACUUUAAGCGCAAGGGCAGCCCUCUGUGGGCCUCCGCCCUCAUAACCUCAGGCCAGCCCACACUGUUAUCUGGCAUCUCCAAUCCGACCUCAGCAGUCACAGCUCCUUUGGGGUCAAGCUCAAAGCCACCUUCCCCCCUAUCCCCGGGAGCCACCCCUCAGCCUGCACUGGGGGCUGCAGGUGAGCAAAAGCAAGGGGCCCCCCAACCAGCCCUUGGCCCAGGCUUCGAUAGUUCUGUUUUUAGAAACUCGGCUGUGGCAUCCCCCACCCCAGGCCCAGCUCAGCCAGCCCUCAGCAGCCCCACUCAGUCAGCCUUUGUGGUGUUGACACCCUCAGUCCACGCCUUCCACGCCCCUGCCAGCAUCCAGCCAGAUGCAGGCAGCACCCCAGCAGGUUUCCCCCUCGGCCCAGCGGGCGCCACUGGCUUUGGAGGUAUCACCGAGACCCGCCAGAGUGCGGCUCGUGUCUCAGUGUUUGGCAGCACAGCCCCACGACCAUUUGCCUUUGGGGGAUUAGUGACCCCUAUGGACUGUGGGGAGUCUGGAGUCCCAAACAUGAGCUCUAAGGCUGGGGUGCUGUCCAUUAGAGCAAUGCCAAGUGGGACCACUCACGCUGUCACACCGUUUGGAAACGGCUGGAGUCAGAACACCCAGGGCCUGACCAGCCAGAGCACCCCUUUUGCCUCGGGGAGGGCCAGCAUUUCUGCAAGGAAGACUAUGCUUGGGGGUCCCCCCAUGGCCCCCUUAGCUCAGAGCAUCCCUGUCCCUAGGCCAGUUAAGACGGGCAGUAGCUUUGGGAAUCCUUCUCCACCUGCCAAGGGCUCCGUUGGGAGAGGGUCUUUUAAAUCAUCAGCCCCUUCAUUUUCCAUUGGUGCAAAACCAAAAACCCCCAAGAGUCGAGAACAAGGGCACUCCCGAAGGCAUCAUACCCACAAGAAAUAG